GACCACACAGGUCGUGAGUUUCAUUAAAUUUAUAAACAUUUUAUUUAUCCUGUAUGACGAGCAGAUUUCCAAAAACUACUUUGCUAUAGAAAUGAGUCCCACGAACUCGUCAAUGACGACCAAUCGUUGACCAGGAUUGUAAAUGGGAGAGGGGGCAAGGAAAACUUUCCUUUCUUUUUCUGGAAAAGGAGGGGUGUUGUGGGGGAAAGAUUAACGAAGCGUGAAGCGUAACUGCAAGAGGGGGACAAAGACACAUAGCUAGAGAAAAUGCUACAGUGAGAAGAGGUAGUCCUAAUGAAUUCAACCAAAAUAGUAUGGAAUACAGAACAUGGAAAAUAUGAAAGUUUUUUAAAGCCAAGGAAGUUGGACGUAUUUUGAAAACAAGAGUAAAGAGUUAUGCUUUCAAACGAGGGCAUGAAAUGUUGAUAGUAGGUGUCCGAACUUUGGACUGCGCAUGUGGUCACUUUUUGUUCCUUUUUUACUGACACGGCUGUGACAGUUUUGCGGAGGAUAGUGUUGCUUUGUUGCGUAGCUGACUCUAUGCAAAGGAUUUCAACAUUUUUACUCAUCCGUCCCAGACUGGAUUCAUUAUACCGCAUAAAACGGACUGUUAUUCCACAACUGUCAAGCGUGUAUUGGAGAGGCAGAGGGAUGUCUUUAGGUUUGUAGCUAGGCCUACUAAACACAUUCAUGUUUGGACCAUGAAUGCUUACUAAACACAUUUAUGUUUGGACCAUAAACGCCUCGUACUAAAUGGGUUUAUUAGUUACAUUACGUUUUAAAUUCAUCAUAGACUUGGCUGUCCCGCACUAACUGGAGGAAAAUGUGCGCAUCGUCGAACUAGAGCUCUCUCCAGCAUGAAAAGUUGGUGCAGCGCUCUGGCGCUCUUCUCAUCGGUGCUGUUGGCGCUAGAUGCCCAGUUAAUAUGUUGGCAAGCCCUGCUCCGAUGCCACGAGGAGGCAGACUGCGAGCUUGCAUAUAGCCAGUAUCUAGCCGCCUGUGAAGGAAACAUUAGAGGCACCAGAAGGCAAUGCCCCAGCCACUGUAUCAACGCGUUGAUAAGACUGAAUCACACCCGCAAUGGCCCUUACCUCGAGAGGUGUGACUGUGGUCAGGACAUGGAGUGUAGGGAUGCAAAGCGGGCGAUUGAGCCAUGCCUCCCCCGGAGGUAUCCUGGAGACGCGGGGGGGAUAGGAUGCACAGAGGCCCGUCAACGCUGCGAGGACGACACCGGCUGCCACUCCUCCCUGACAGCCUAUUUGUCUUACUGUGGGCAACUCUUCAACGGCAGGAAAUGCUCGUCCAGGUGCAAGGCCACAAUACAACAGAUGCUAUUCAUCCCAAAUGGCAUGCUACUAAACCAGUGUGUGUGCGACGGGGUGGAAAGGCCGUUCUGUGAGGUAGUCAAGGAGAACAUGAGCAAACUGUGCCAGAUUGGAGACCACAGUGUUAUUUCAGACCAGGCAGAUAUGGACGAUAUGUAUGAGGAUGAAGACUAUGAAUCGAAAACAGAGGAGAUAUAUCCUCCUGACUCAAAUGUUAGUUCCCCGCAGCUGUCGAUCUAUAUGGCCUUAUUAUGCAUCACUCUCGCACGGAUAUUCUUUUGAGAAAUGAAUGUGGCCUCUUGUUGUGACCUCUCAGUUGGACAGACAGGACAGUCUGCUCGGGGACGGGUCCAAUCGAAUGAGCACGUGGGUUUGAUGUAGCGGAAUACUUUUUGCUACUAGUAAUCUCCUAUGGGCCUAAUUGAUUUUUCAUAUUUUGAUGUGAUGCCUUAAUGCCUUCAUCUGGGACACAAGAAUUUACAGGACAUUCAGACCACCAAUUCAAUUUGCAAACUAGGCCUAGGCUACUCAUGAAAUAUCCUAGGUCGAAACUGUUCUGGAGUGUAAAGAUCCAUAAAGUGAUUUUUUAAGGAGAAGUGAACCAAACUUGACUUCAUUGUAACAAUACUCCUCAUUGGGCAUUGCAUCCAUUACUUCUGGGCUACCUUUUAAACUCUUAUGCCUAUUUGUUUAGUUUUGUCUCAAUGGUCCUUGGAGUGUGGCUUUAUUAAGACUUAAGAUAAACAUUGGACCAGUCCAGUUUCUGUUUGCUUUCCUCUUUAUUUUAGGGGCCUCUGCAUUGUUGCAGCCAUCACACUUCAAAUAUUUGUGGGGAACUGCCAGUGAACAGACAAGGGUUUGGAAUCAAGUAGGCCUAGUUAAAUUAACUGAAGUGCCUCUCCAGCCCCCCUACCCCCCAUGACACAUCCCCCACUCUUGAUAGUUUAUUUAAAAUGUCCCACCACUCUCCCCCUUUAGGGACCCCCUUUCUUUAUUGAAAACAAGAAGUCACCCUUCUCCUUAUACACUGGCCUUUACAAGAUGAAUGUGGACUUAUGAUAGACUUAUAUGGACAAAAGAAGAGGCACUAGUGUUUUUUCUCAGAAAAAAAUAAGAAAUACCAGUUUAUUACUAUGAACAGCAGUACACAAGCUACUUGUUAAUAGGCCUAGUUUAAUUUAUUAUUCAUUUCAUAUAAAGUGUAAUGGGUUCCUUUCCAGGACAGAAACAUGCUUGACAGUUAGCCUAGAUAUUUAGUAAGAAGGGAAAAGGCUAAGAAGUUAUUCCAUUAUUUUUUAAUGAAGCUAAUCCUUCUGUGUCUUGUCAUUAUCUUUACAAGAUGUCACUUUAAGUUGUUCUAAACUAAUCUUUGUUUUUGUCAUGAUCGUCAAUGUCAUUUCUUUUUUAUUUCACCUUGUUGGGUUGAUGCUGGUCCAUAGGGAAAUGUAACUGUCAUGUUGAUGUUAAAUUAUAUACAUAAAAAAAUAAAAUAAUGAAGGAAUCUAUGUUUUACAUGUAUAUGUCAUAUAUUAAUGCUGUAAAUUAGUGUCCAAUUUUGUCCAUUGUGACUUUACAGUCAAUACACCACCUCAUGAAUAAUAUGGCAGUGGUUUACAUGUACAAAAACAUUGUUUUUUGAAAUAAUUCUGCUGGUAGAUUUGUCAUCUCAACCAUUGUGGAAAGAAAUAAUGGAUACUUGUUAUAUAUGGAAAAUAAUUUAUGUAAUAAAAUGAUUAAGUGUGAGUCAAAAAGUCCAACUGUAUGUUAUUCAAAGUAGGAAUGUUUCCAAGCCCCAACUAAAUGAAACAUCACACCAAAACUGUCAGCCCUAAAGUAUAGGCAAAUGUAACUGCGCUGGAACUAGAGAAGACUGGAAUGUUCAAUAAGGGAAAAAUGUCAUUUUGGAUCAGGCUCCAAAGUCACGUGUCGCCCUUGAAUGUGAACUUGUGCCAUUGCCAAGCAAAGCAAAAGGACCAGCAGACAUUGAAUCGUUUUGAAUGUCUACUGCGUUGAUUUUUGAAAUGAUACACUUGCAUUUCUGGUAGUCCUGGCAAUAGCAACUUUUACAUGAAAAGACAAAACAGGACCUCUCACUACCAUUGUCUUCUCAUAUCAUCCAACUUCCCUGGAAUUUGUAUUUUUUUUUUUAGAGACAUGUAUUUUGUUGACACAAUAGUCCUAGAACAGGGUGAUUGCAUCUGAAUGAAUGCCUCCUGUGGCUGCUGAAACCACAAGUAACUGUGUGACUGCUGUGUAUCCUUCAUAAUACCAGCAUUGUGUAAUACUUUAGUGAUCAGGCCCAGUGUAACUGAAACCCAAGCAGGAAUGUUAAGUGUCUGGCUGCAUAAUACAUCUUAUUUGGAAGAGAAGGCCAGGACUCUCUGUGCUCUUUGAGACAUUUCAGGUUUAAGUUACUGCUUCCUGGUAAAUUGUGCCUAAUUACUUGUAAAUGGCACUUUCUGUGUCAGUGUUAAAAGGUCAGUCACGACUCUUGAGAAUGCAGUAUUGUGUAUUUGAUCGUUUUCCCUUACAGUGCUUCUCAGUUCUCUUGGUCUUCAAUGACAUUUUCAGAGAAAUAACUAUGGAAAUAUAGCACAUUAAUAAAUGUAGCAUUUUUAUAACACAGUGAGAA